AUGGACAGAAUGUUUCCCCUGAAUGUGGGAAGUCUUGAGCCGCUGAAUUUUACCGCAUCGCAAAGCAACGAGGAACGGGAAAUGAAGCCGCAAUCAGAUGCCGAAGUACCGGUGUUGGAUUUAUCCUGCAAGCGUUACUCAUCUGAGAAUCCACUCUCGUACUUGGUGCGAAGUACGGUGCACCCGUCAGAGGAGGACAAUCGUAGUCUCGAACACUACGCAGACGCUGAAAGGAAAAGCCCGUUGGAGGGUCGCUCGUGCAUGGUGACACCUCCGUCGGAGGGCGACUCGCCGAGAAAAACUCGGUACGAACCGAUCUACAAUCAGAUAAACUCAACUACGAGCGAUUUGUCGAUGCCUUUUCACCCGGUCGUCGGUCUCUCCAUACCACCGUCUCUCGCGAGCUCUCAAAGUGGCGUGCAAACGAAUUUGCACAAUCCGAUGGUCCAGGGUCAUCUAAUUUCGAAGAGUCAGUCAACGAGCCCCGUUCAAAUGCAAACCCUGGAUCAUCAGAUGAUCGGUUUGGCCGUAACGCCGUCCCAGUCUUCGCCGGAGAUGGGUAAAAAAAUACCGAGACCAUUCAAAGCUUACCCCAAAGAUCCACUGUCUUUGUCCAUGGGAACCACGGAGCUGAUCUGUGACCAGACGUCGAACGAAGCGUAUUCCGAGUUCAGGAAGCGGAUGUUGGAAUCCGUUAAAAAGACGAACGAAGGAACGAACAUCAAAAUGAGGAGGACGACGGCCAAAAGUCCAAGUCUUCCCACCAGCACGAUGGACGAGAAAGACGCUGCUUACUGGGAAAGAAGACGGAAGAAUAAUGAGGCGGCAAAGAGGUCCAGAGACGCCAGGAGAGCGAAAGAGGAUGAAAUUGCCAUCAGAGCCGCCUUCCUGGAACAAGAGAACAUUAAACUUAAGUACGAAUUAGUCGCACUUAGAAACGAAACUGCCAAACUCAGGUGCAUGGUCUACUCGAAUUAGAAAAUAUCUGACUGGUACAUUGUAUGUGAGACUUACCUAGCAGAUCUACUUUUGA